AGACAGGAGCCGGAAGAAUGAAUAUUUCAAGGUUUUUAGUUUGUUGUUAAUGUUGCUGUAAAUUAUGACAUUUUGCUUCCGGUUGGACAUACGCGUGAAACUAUCAACACUCUGACAAUACUUUCCUUGUUUAUGAAAACCAAGGUAAAUAUUCGUUAGCGGACAGACUUCCUUGUAUAGUUACAAAAGAAAAGAAUGAAGAAAUCUUUGCAAAAUUUUACGUCGUAGUUUUUUGUGUUUACUUUGCUUUAUAUUUGUCAUUUUAUUGUGAUAUUUUACAACUGUUUGUGAAUUAAAAAAAAAUCUUAGAUGAAACAUUGAAUGAAAAAGAGUUUUGUCGGCAUGGCAACCAUACUGAACCCGCAGGAUAUUACCGUUGAUACUAUCCCAUUAAGGGAUCAUAGUGAGAUUUUACCGCGUCUGCAAGAACGCCGGGAGAUACGUGAAUCAAUGUAUCAUAGUUCGUCUGAAACUAGAUGCCAUAAACUUGAUAUGAAGACAGUGCUGAAAUAUCUGAUAAUAUUUCUGAUUGUUGUUGGGGCCAUCCUUGCCUACACGCUAACACAAACUAAACAAGACAGAACACUAGAGUCAUUGGUUACUGCAACGGCAGAGAAAAGUAAAGACGAUCCCGGUUAUAACAUAGAAAUAGAAAUAGGUUCAAGGCACGCCUAUCAGCAUUGCAAAGGGCCUCAUUUCAAACAAGCUUUUCCAGACAUUGACUACGCCUUGUUUGGGUAUAAUGUGUUGAAGGGAUUCCCUUUCUCGAACGGUCAUGACCCUGGGUUCACAUAUCCAAUAUUCUUUGCCGACUAUUCCUCUGGUCGUUUGUCGGCUGACUGUCGUUUCUUUGUACCGAACGGACUUGUGGUUGCACCAGACAUUUCAUGCAUGUUAUCUCUGUCCUCCAAAACAGUACAAUCACAGUAUGAAUUCUCGGAAGCACUGGAAGUAUACACAAGCAUAGAAGGGGAAUAUAGUCCAAGCAGCAAAGUAGGUAAAGGCGGAAAAGUUUCAAAUGUUGCGCCGAAAGUAGUAAGUAAGAAGACAGGCGAAAGAGGUAGUUCAUGGGGACUUAGUUUUUCUGCAAGCGUUGGUUAUAGACAAACAUCUUCUAAGAUAUCGUCCGGUAAAUCAGUUUAUGUGUAUUCUACAGCAAAGUGCAAGUAUUAUUAUAGUAAGCUGGUUCGAGAAAAUGCUCCGAAGUUCGACGACGGUUUUAUGAAGUCGAUUUACAAACUUGAUAAAGCUGGUUUAGAUCCAGAGAAGUACUUUAAUUUUUUUGAUAUUUACGGUACACACUUCGCAACUGAGGUAACAUUUGGAGCAAGGUAUACCUAUGAACAUAGAAUGUCUUAUAAGUUUUAUGAAAGCCUGCGAGAAAGAGGAGUUGAUGUAGAUUUGAUGGCUAGUUACACCGGGAAAAAAAGUUUAUCAGGAAAUUUAAGUGUUUCUUACGAGCAACGAAAAUUGGCUGCCGAGAUUUCUGACAAUGUGAAAACUAAAAUAAUACCAGUUGGGGCUAGCCCACCAGAGGAUGGAAACGCGUUAACAUGGGCUUCACAGGUCCAGACAAACCCGAUACCAACCGAAUAUAAGCUUUCCUCCAUCGAAAAUCUUUUCACAGAUGAAUAUAUGAAUCAUCUCAAUAUAGAUUAUCAGAAAAUACAUUACAAUAUAAUAAACAUGAAGCUACAAUAUUGUUUAUUCCUCCAAAGUGCUGGUAAACUUGAAUCAUGUGAAAGUUUGGGUGCAGGAGUUGUGUUGGAAAACACAAAGUUGUUGGGACACUACCAGGAAGUGGCUGUCGUAUCGCUCGCCGGUUGUAUAGACACAUGUCUGCAAGAAUUUCAUUGCCACGCAAUUACAUAUUGUAUGUCUUGUUUGAGCAAAGACAACGGCUACAAGAAAUGUUAUCUAGUAAAGGGAACGAGUAAUUCUACAUCAGCUGUACAGACGGAAGAACCAAAUACUAUCUGGCAAAGUAACAUUUUUCCUGAGAAAAUGAAUGCGCAAAUGAAAUUAAGCAAUGUAUCAAUUACUGGUGCAGAACGCGCCCUCGAAAAUGAAGACAAUAAGAAUGCAGAUUUGCUAAAAUGCAAAGACAUGUGUAUUGUCGACGCAUAUUGUUCUGCCUAUAGCUUCAGUAACAGCAGUGAAACUGUGCCUCGAUGUAAAAUGUACACCAAGGAACUGAUAACAGGUCUGCAGACAAAAGCUGAAACUGACACUUUCUUUAUUGCUGGCCACACUGAAGACCUGUCUGAAAGUGGAUAACCAUGUUAGCUAGUAUCCAAAAUUUAAAGUUAUUUUACAUUUAACUUGAUAUGAAAAAAUAUGCUACUUAAAUAGAACCAUGAAAGAAAAGAAUAUAGCUUACUAAACUCACAUCUAGGAGAUCAGAGAUUUGGAAAACAGUACAACCACAGGCUUGUCAUGUUCUUUCAGUUAAAAUGGAAUUAAAUGAUAAAUGCUAUUCAGAACAUGAAACAGAAGAAACAGCUAAAAGUAUUUGAGUGUGCAUUUAAACGAUACGGUUGACUUAUUUAGAAAUGCAAUAAUGACUUUAUGUCAUGUUUUGUAAAUUUAUUCUUAUCUCUUAUCUGUAUUUUGAAUGCUUGUUAACUGAAAUCUUUGUUUUGAAUGUUUGCUAACUAUAGUUUAUCAGAUAAAGUUACACAAAAAAUGUAAAAAUGAUAUUAUCGAAAUGUCAGAGAGAAUGUGUUCAUGAUAAAAACAACUUUGUGUAAACUUAGCCUUUAUCCUGCUGGCGGUGAGUUAUUCUGCCUUUGCGACCAGUGCAGACCAAGAUCAGCCUGCACAUCCGUGCAGGCUGAUCAUGGUCUACACUGUUCGCUAUUCAGUCAGUAUAUUUUCAAUAAACACCCCUUCAAAUAAUAAAUGGUACUGCCCAAAUUGAAUGAUGGACCAGUCCAUUUUAGAAAUUUAGCAGGCUAAGGGUUAAGUUUAUGAAAACAUACCUGAACCUGCAAAUGUCUAAUUAGAGUUGUUUGUUAUUCAUUCUUAUAGAUAAACUAUCCCAUAACCUGGUCAGAUAUAUGAUGAACUGACAAAUACCGGUGCCCUGCAAUAUUAUAGGUUUAUUUAAUGCACUAGUUCUACAGCGGAAAUAUUUCACGACUUAAGGAGCGUCUGUAAAAAAUGAGCGUGCAUAACUUCUCGAUGUGAACCUAUUUAAAAAAAAAAAAAAAAAAAAAAAAGAA